AUGACUUCCGGUUCUUGCUCAUCUGGGGCUCGUCACCAAGCCGCCAGCAUGAGCCGAUCCUCUCCUCUCACCCAAGCCACGCAUCUGCCAAAAGAAUCACCAGUGACCUUACUGAACGUCUCAGAGCUCACUCCACAAUCCAGCACCACACGAUGGGGUAACGAAAUCAUCCAUGUCCUCCGACCCUUCAAGCUAGAAACCCUCUUGGACUCAAGUCUCCCACGACCACAACAACACCACGAAGACUACAGGAAAUGGAAAUACUGGACCGCGGUCGUUUCCAGGUGGCUUUUCGACCAAGUCGAGACUUCAAUACAAUUGAAAGUCCGAGACCACGUGCCUCAACCAACCUACGCGGAUGAGGUUUUCAGAUCGAUCCGGACAAUUAAUCUACCGGAACAUGCAUCAUAUCUCGCAAGCGAGUUGAAGAAAUGGGAAGAUUUGCGACGUGACAAAUACUCGACUGCUGCAGACUUCAUCUUGGCAUACCAAAAUCAGUUCAAUCGGCUGAAGAUGGAAGGUCAUGAGCCUACAUGUGCUGUUGCCCUCCGAGGUCUCCUUCAGGCGUUGUCCAGUGAAAUAAUCAGCGUUUCCUUUAUCCUGGAUGAAGUUGAGAACUUGGGACGGGACAUUGAUUAUCAACUUUUUACCUAUUACUGCCGGAUUUUGAUCACCGAGUCGCGCCGAUCUGACGGCCGUGGUGCUGGGACUCCUUCAAACAGCAGUUAUUCUGGAGGUGGCGGUGGGGGAAGUGGAAGUCGGAGAGGAAGUGGUACAAGUGGAGGAUCGAGCAGUGGAAGAGAUGUCUCAUACCGCGGUUGGAGGCAAAGCCUCCGGAGAGAGGGACAAGGACAAUAA